AUGGGCUUCGUGUCUGGGGCUAAAAGGGGUUUCUCUGUUGCCAUUCAGGGUGACUCUGCUAGCUGGGUUUUCAUGGUGGCUCUGCUAAUGGGUUUUUCUGAGAAUGUUGUAUUUGUUCCGAAUUUAUCUUCUGGAGGUACCAAAACCGGCAAAGAUGGGUUGUUUCAAUCACCCAAGCCUGUUGUGAAGGAGAAGCAGAGUCAGAUUGUUGAUGAUAAUAGGAUGAAAGCACAAAAAAUGAAAAUGAUUGAUUCCAGUGCUUCACAAGUAAUGCGUGUGUGA